CUCGCUCUCACUUCACUUGGACAGGGGGCGGCCAGAUGCCAUGGGGGUAUAUCCUUCACAGCUUUUUGAUACCAUCUAACACCGCCAGGCGUGCGCCCCUCCGGAGGCUGGAUGUAGCCAGGGCACAUAACAUUAGGAUGUUCCAGUAGAUAUAGUGAUAAUAAGUGUUGCUGUACUUCACAGGAAAAUUAAAAAAGUAUAAGUUGAUGCAAAUGCUAAAAUAACCAUUUCUGUAGUGCAAAGUGCCUGUUAACAAAGUAAGUGUAGUGGUUUUAUCAAAUAAAACUAGUAGCGACCACAAGUAGCAGGAAGUUUAUACGAAGCAGCGGAAGAAGAAGAAGAAGAGAGUGACAGUGUUGUGUUGGUUAGCAAUUAGUGACCUUAGCACUAGGAAAUCACUAGUAGUGUAGAAAGGGAUCAGCCCAUCUCCGCAAAAUGGGCAAACAAACGUACGUAGGAUCCGGCACAAUCGACAAGCUACCAGACAAGGUCCUCCUGAAGAUCUUCUCUUACCUGCCCCACAGGGAGAUCAUUGCUAACGCCACCGUCUGCAAGAAAUGGCGAACCAUAGCUUACGACACCAAGCUCUGGGACGCCGUGUCCCUUCGUCCGGAAUGGAACGGCCUCCAUGUCAACAGCAUCGACGCUCUUCUUUACCUCAUCAACACUCGGUUUGCCGCCUCUUUGAAGUACAUCGAGAUGCCCAUGGACCUUAUUACCAACCCAGUCCUGCAUGACCUGGCUGAGAAGUGCCCCAACUUGACCAACAUGCUCCUGGACUUCUCCACCGCCAUGCAGCUGCACGACUUCAAUGACCUCCAGGCUUUCCCAACGAAGCUACGGACGAUGUGUAUCUGUCUAUCGGCCGUCAUCUUCAUGGAAGGUUUCAUGCGAAAGAUCUAUAAUUUCAUCAACGGUCUAGAAGUUUUGCACCUUGUAGGCACCUACGAGAAAGCGGACGAGGAGGAAGAGGAAAUCUAUGAGGUCAUCAACAUCCACAAGUUGAAGUCUGCCACACCAAAUCUGAAGGUGGUCAACCUUUACGGCAUCAACUUCGUCGAUGACUCCCACAUUGAAGCUUUCAGCUCUAAUUGCAUCCAGCUGGAAUGUCUGGCCGUCAACUUCUGCUCUAAGGUGACAGGGACGUCUUUGAAGAUUCUACUGGGCAGAUGCAAGAAGCUGAAGUGCCUCCUCAUGCAACAAUGCAGUCUCCAGAGCGAUAACGUCACCGCUGCCGAAUGGGAGAAGUCCUCGGUGACAGAGCUGGACGUGACGGCCACCGACCUCUCCGCAGAUUGCCUCAUCGACCUGCUGUCCCGCAUCCCAGCCAUCAGGUGGCUGAGCGCUGGACAGCUCGACGGCUUCACGGAUGCUGUGCUGAAGGCGUGGACUGAACGCGGCAAUCUCAAGAGCCUGAUCGCUCUUGACCUCGACCUCUGCGACAACCUGUCCGAGGAAGGUCUUUACAAAUUCUUGGCCCGCUAUGGCCAAAAUCUCCGAGGACUGGUUUUGUCCGGCAUUCCCCAGUGCACAGACUCUCUCUGCUCAAACGUCAUGCCAGCUCUUAAGAACAUCAGGAUCCUUAAGAUGGGGCUGACGGAGGGUCUGUCUUACCGUCUCAUGGGUAAGAUCCACGUGGACGGUCUUCUGGACAACAUCGCCCGCUACGGCCAGAAUCUGGAACGCCUGGAACUCUCCUGGGACCCCGAGUCUCUCAGAUACUCGGACAAGAGUCAGAAAGCCAUUGACACAAUGCGCGUCCGCUGCCUUCGUCUCAAGUGCCUCGUCUUGGCGGACGGCAAAUACUACGAAAUCGUGAAGGCCAACUUCGAGCGAGCGGACAGAGUCACAGUCGUCAGAACAGCCACCAACUGCAGUGUCUCAAUCGUCUACCUCCUGACUCAUUAUAGAGAUCUGAUCAAUAAUUAAUACGUCAUACAAAUACUACCCUCUAAAAUGCGAUAUACGUCCUCAAGAACAAUAGGAAGUACAGUAAACAGCGUAAUUUAAAGUUUAAAAAUAAGAGGGAUAUUCCGUUCGAGGUCAUCAUGAAAAACAAUGUCGGAAGAGGAAUUUUUCUUUUAUGAUGAACUGAUGUUCAGCAGUAAAACAUUGAAAAAAAAAACGUACUUCCACUACAUACUAAUCAACAUCAAAUAUUUUUUUUAAGUAAAGCCGUUGACAAACUACGGAACUCUACAUUACUUAACCAAUUACGAAAAAACGCGAAAUUCCAUGACGAUAUUGCGUUGGUCACUACGAGUUUACAAAAAAAAAUUUCAUUUUGUUGAUAGGUAACGACUUGAUUCUGCGCAACCUGCAGCAUCACUAUCAGUAUGUUUACGGGCAACUGAGGUCUUAAAAACAUAAAAUAAAAAAAUAUACAAUAACAGAAUCACACGGAAAAUAAUAAAAAAAAAAAGUUAAAACAAAACCAACUUACUUGAUUAAAUUUAGACCUAAGCGCCAUCCACUGCGUACAAAAAUAAGAAACAAAGUGCCUUCAAUUUUAUAUUUUUUAAUAAUUGAAAAUAUUUAAAAUAUUUCACAAUACA